GUGUGUGUGUGUGUGUGUGUGUGUGUGUGUGACUGUGUUUGAUGCGUCGCACGCUGUCGGAAUGUAAAACCGAAUUGCAUUGGUGUGUUUUGACUCCUCGUCAAUCGUUCAGCUGGUGUAUGCGUUUCAGUUGAGUUUUGAACGUUCAACAAUAAGUUUCGGUCGAUCGAUGUUCGCCGGCUAUCGAUUGUAAUCGCUCUCGUCAUUGAGACUGUUUCUCUCUUUCUCGUUUCGCCGAUUCGUAUUUCGCCGAUUUUAUUGUGCAUUCAUUAGCUGGUGAUUUAAAAUGAAUUGAACUAUAUAUGCAAAAUUAAAGCAUAGAAAAAAGAAACAAAAUCAUAUCAAAUCCAGUUCAACAGGAAUGAAAAUUCAUUCAGAUUUUGCAACAAGAAAAAAAAUGAAAUAAAUUAAUAAAUAAGAUUAGAUUUUGAAUGUGUCGACAGUCAAUUGGAGCUUCAUUAUAAAAAUUCCAUCGAUAACGGAUUUUUUUCUAUCCAAAGUGCUGACUGAAUAAUUAUGAAAAUAAAAUUAAAAAAAAAACAAUUUUUCCACUCGACAAAAAAAGAAGAAAUAAUAGAAAAUAAAAAAAAACUUCAAGAAUAUUUCAACUGCACGAAAUAGUCAUUUGGCACCGAAAUCAAUGCUUGGUUUAAAUUAAUGAACAAACAAAUAUGGAAAUUGCCAUCUCUCAAACAAACUGCAGAUGCAAUUAAAAACCCAAAAUUUAUUACAAACAGUGUUUUUUUGUGUGAGUGUGACAACAACGCAGCAGCAGCAGCAGCAUCAUCAGUAGCAGCCACCACAAAUUGAAUAAAUUUUAUUGCCGUCAUCCAAGGAACCCAUUCAUUUCUCUCUAGCCAACAAAAUUCGUGCAUUUUUUUGUUGUUGUUGUUCAUCUCAAAAAGAUAUAAAUUCAACAUUGAAUAACUGUAUAUAGCUCGACAGUGGGUAUAACACGAUAAAGCAGCACACCUGCAAUUUGUCUGUGACAAUAAUUCAUGAUAUAUCCAAGUGUUUGUUUUCGUGGCUAUCGCAUUUAAUAACACGUUGAUAAUUUAUUCAAGUGAAAAAAAAAAAAUUACUCAUUUGUCAUUGUGUUAGUUGAGUGGUAAAGAAGUGAAAGAAAAAAAGGGGAAAAAUAAAACAAAUCAAAAAUCAAAAUUCGUUGCGCCAAAGAAAACAUAAAUACGUAUCUUUAUUUUUCACGAGGUGGUCAUUUGAUUUAUUUCUAAAGUAAAUGUGUGAUAAUUGUUUGUCCGAUGUUAUCUGCUGUUGAGAAUCACUUUGGACCAAGCAGGUUAUACGCGACCGGUGCACAUCAUCCAUACAACAAUAAUAGUGCCGUUGCAAUCAGUGCAAAUAGUAAUUUGAUUGCAGCCCCGUGUCCGAUCGUUGCUGUACCAACGCCUAUGUCAGCUACUGAGUUUGUACGACCCCAUCCAAAACCAAAUCGCAGUUACAAUGGCAGCCAGUCGUUACGGAAUGGCCUGUCUUCGCCAUCAUCACGAGGUAGAUACUCCCAGUUAGACCAACCGGCACCAGUUAAUUUGGCUGUGAGUCAAUCGAUGUCGGAUAAUGGUGCUCUAGUGUUAGGCCAUAAGCCAACCGAUAGAGAUGUAGCUGCACUGUGUGCAGCUGCAAAGCCAUCAUCGUUGGAAAGUGAACAGGAUGCGAUUAGUAGUUCGAUUGCAAGCCUUUACCAGCCACACAAAAUGCCGUAUUGUCCACCACAUUCAAUUCCAGAUGCAACACCUCUAUAUUAUCCCAAUUUCUAUGCGAGGCCAACAAAUGGUUCAGUUUAUGGACAUUCAAUUUAUGCAGCACCAUCAUCACAUGCGCUAGGAGGUGCACGGAAUCCAUUACAUCACGGUGUUGCAACGUAUCCGCAUGUAGAAUCCGCAUAUUCGAAUCCGUACUUAUUCGGUCCGAAUGCCUACAGUCCUCCAGCAGCAGCACGACCGAAUUUAUCUCCACAUUCGCCAAUCGGAACAAUAACCGUUGGAUCAGCAUCACAAAAUAGUAACAAUACCUCGAUCUCAGCACAACCAGCUUCAUCAGGGUCACCUCCGUCGAUGUUCACACAACAGCAGCAACAGCAGCACCAGCAGCAACACCAGCAACACCAGCAACACCAGCAACACCAACGAGAACAACGUGAACACCAACAAUAUCACUUGAAACCCGAACACAUUACAUCGGUGGCAAAGCCACUUAGCACGUAUCGUACGGAGGCCAAAGAAAAAGAGUCAAUAAUAUCGAAUGGAAAGUCGGCUGAUUUUAAAAUACCGUCGGGCAAAGAAGGCUCAUUGAAGCAUCGCAUCCUUACGCGACCGACAUACGGCGAUAAAGAAUCGACAGCGAAACAAAUCCAAAAACAACAAUCACUGCCGACACAUAGUCAAAACAAUACUGUCACAAAAUCAUCGGUCAAAAUCAAGAACAAUAACAGUAGCAACAGUAAUAACAGCAACCACAACGGCAACAGCAGCAACAACAACAACAAUAAUGCAAGCAGCAAAAACAAGAAUCUGGGCACUAGCAGCAACACAAACGGCAGCAGCAACACCAACGGCAGCAGCAACAACAACAGCAACAGUAGUGCAACAAAUUUCAGCAAAGGUACACUCAUUGAACUGUCUAGCGGUGAAUUGAGACGUGUCGAAGACAUGCGUACAGAAGAUUUCAUCACAUCGUCCAGCAAAAAUCCAAAUCUACAAUUAAUCGACACAACGGUCGUUAAAAUGACGUCACAAUCCAAAACUAAAGUCCUAAUCACGUUGAGCUAUAAUAAUAACAAGAUUUGUAUGGACACUCAACCGAGUCAUCCGUUUUUCGUAUAUGGAAAGGGAUGGUCAUCGUUUAGCCCGGACGAAACAUUGCAUGAGCAUGGAUUGAAAUGCAAUUUACUGGAAAUCGGCGAUGUGUGCAUAUCGUUAACACCUCGUGAACAGCAAGCAAGAACAUCGCUUGAGUUUUCGAUUACAUCACCGCAAAAUCUGUCGCGCAAACAGAUGCCUCAUACAAUUUCAACCACAGCCACCGGAACGGCAGUAACCAGCUGGCCGAUUCCGUCAUUUGAACCAUCGUAUAUGCAUCACCGACACCCGAACGAACUAAUUUAUGGUCAUCAUCAUCAUCAUCAUCAUGGUCGACCACUGAAUUCAGAUGCGUCACGGAAUUAUAGUACGGGUUACAGUACAACAAUGGCACCACCACCACCACCACCUUCAUCGAGCAGCGAAAGUUCGGCAUCAAACUCAUACGACGAUGAAGCCAUCGACGCAACGAUGCACUCGAGAAAACGGCGCGCGUGGUCCGUUCCCGAAAACCAUUGUGAUGACCAAAAGAAAAAUAAACCCAAUUAAAAUGCCAACCUCCUCACCACCACCCAUCUCCCACGAUCUCCAUCAAUGAUAUUGACUAUUGCCAGUUGAAGAUUUGAUCCAAUCGGGGGUACAGUGUAUGUGUGUGGUUUUCGAUUUAAAAAAAAAAACAUUCUCAGUGCAAAAAACAAAAUCUCCAUGGCUAAAUUGAAGAGAAAAAAAUAAUGAAACACUGACUUCCUUCUACCGAACUGAACUCAGUUAAGUGCAUUUAAAAUGUGUACGUUUUAACUGAUUCAUUGAAUUCUUAUCGAUGUGAUAAGGCCCAUUUGAAUCGCAAAACUGUUUUAAACAUGUUUCAUAUAGAAAAAAGAAGAGAAAGAUAGACAGACAUAUUUGUGUAAUAACCUUUCAACCCAUCGUUGCGUUUGAGCUAGAGCAUCGAAGAAAUUCAUAUAUACACAAUUCAUAUACGUAUUAAUUACACAACUGUUGGAUUCAUGUAGAAAAUUAAGUUGAAAAUAAUUGCUGCUGCUUUGCUGUCAUUGAAAUGAAAUUUCAUCGGUCUCUCAUUUGUUUUUGGUCUCGUUGAAAAGAGCAUUUGAUGAUUAUUUUAGCUGCCCUCUCCCCCCUCAUUAAAAUCAUCAUCAUUUCCAAACUCUCAAGAACAAGAUUUGUUUUUUAACCAAUAGGACAAAGACCGCAUCCAUUCAUAUAAUGAAUAUAAAUAUUAAAAGAAAAUAUAUAGUAAAACAAGUUUUAUUUCUUUCAAAAAUUCAUCUAAACUGAAUUUAUGUGAUCUUAUUUCACUUUUUAUCCAAUAUAUAUUUUUUUCGGUUUUUCUUCUCUCUUUUUGUAAUUGUGUAAAUAUUUAGCGAAUAUUAUCUGAAAAAAGGAUUUAACUGAUAUAUACGAAUCUAUUGCAAGAGAAGAUGAAAAUGAUGAUAAACUUUCACUGUUAGUGGCAUAUGUGUUUAUUUGUAGGUCAUCUAUUCAAAGAGAAUAUUAUUGAAAUUCAAACAAAAAUAUGCAAUAAACCAUUAAAUAAAUUCAUUUUAUUCACAAAUACACACAUAUUUUUCUAUAGCUAAUCUCUCUCGCGCGCGCGCGAUGCAAAGUUUCGUAAAUUGAUUUGAUUGAUCGUUUCAAUUUUUCUUUCGUUGUUUUUGUGUUAUUAUAAAUUCAGUUUACAAUAAACACUGCCGCUUUUUAUCAAUUUUUCUUGUGUUUUGGAAUUUCAAUUUAUCAAUGGCCGGAAGUAAAUCGUCGAUAAGAGUCAAAGAAAUGAAUGUAGGAUAACAACAAAAAAAUGGGACAGGCUAAAAUAAGAACCCAUGUGAUGAUUGGAAUUAUUUGCAGUAAAUUCAAAAGAGAAGGAAAAAAACAUUUGAUAAAUAUAAAAAAAUUAUAUAUUUUUACAUAAAAGAAUGAGAUUGUUUUUCCUUCGCUCUUUUUGAGAGCGCAAGCAAAACGGAAGUUGAAAGAAAAAUGUUCUGAUUUCAAUGCGAUCUCUCGAUGUAUUUGAAAAUAUGCGUUGAUAAGUCAACCUGAAAUUGAAAAGAAACGAUUGUUUUUUUUCUCUAAGAGAUAGAAGAGAAAAUAUGCAUAAUUUGUGAUGUGAAUAAGAUCGACAGUAGGAAUAUAUGAUAUAAAAUAAACAAAAAAUUAGCUAGACAUAAAAAUGCAUUAUUAAAUAUUGAACUGGAACAAGUCAUUGACACACAGAAUGUGAAGUAAAAAAAGAAGAAAAAAAAAUACACAAAACAAAUUUUGUAUUGAAACGAAUGUGCAACAAGUUUUACGUAAAUUAUUAACAAUUUUUUUUUUGUUCGUUUUGUUUUAGGAACAUGAAUAAAAAAGACUUAAAAAACCGAA